UCUCUUCAUCUGACGAUUUUGGUUUUGUUUCUUUUCCCAUAGUGGAUCGCUGGGAAAAAAACUUAAUAUUUUAUUGAUUGAUUUGAUUUGUCUUUCAUCGAUAGUCGCUGACAACGACAAUUGACGACAAUGGAAAAUCUUAUACCCAUUGUCAAUAAAUUACAGGAUGCAUUCUCUGCGUUGGGUGUGUCCAUGUCAUUGGACUUGCCACAGAUUGCCGUUAUUGGUGGCCAAUCUGCUGGUAAAUCAUCUGUUUUGGAAAAUUUUGUUGGUCGAGAUUUUCUUCCACGUGGUUCGGGUAUUGUUACACGAAGGCCAUUAGUAUUGCAAUUAAUUCAUUCAAAUAUGGAAUAUGGUGAAUUUUUGCAUUGUCGUGGAAAAAAAUUUACAAAUUUUGAAGAAAUACGUAAAGAAAUUGAAGAAGAAACUGAUCGAACAACUGGAUCAAAUAAAGGCAUAUCGCCAGUUCCAAUCAAUCUUCGUGUUUAUUCACCACAUGUAUUAAAUUUAACUUUGAUUGAUUUACCCGGCAUGACAAAAGUACCGGUCGGUGAUCAACCAAUUGAUAUUGAACAACAAAUUCGUGACAUGCUUUUGACUUAUAUACGUCGUGAAAAUUGUUUAAUUUUGGCUGUAACAAGUGCAAAUCAAGAUUUAGCUACAUCGGAUGCAUUAAAAUUGGCAAAAGAAGUUGAUCCAGAAGGUUUACGUACAAUCGGUGUUAUUACUAAAUUGGAUCUAAUGGAUGAAGGUACCGAUGCAAAAGAUAUUCUUGAAAAUAAAUUAUUACCACUUAGACGUGGUUAUAUCGGUGUGGUUAAUCGAUCACAACGAGAUAUUGAAGGACGUAAAGAUAUUAAAGCUGCUUUAGAUGCUGAACGAAAAUUUUUCCUCUCUCAUCCAUCAUAUCGUCAUAUGGCAGAUCGUAUGGGCACACCAUAUCUUCAACGUGUGCUUAAUCAACAAUUAACUAAUCACAUUCGUGAUACGCUGCCUGCAUUGAGAGAUAAACUUCAAAAACAAAUGUUACAAUUGGAAAAAGAAGUAGAAGAAUAUAAAAACUUUCGUCCGGAUGAUCCAACUCGAAAAACAAAAGCAAUGUUACAAAUGAUACAACAAUUACAAACAGAUUUUGAACGAAAUAUUGAAGGAUCUGGUUCAGCUGCAAUCAAUACAUCCGAAUUAUCCGGUGGUGCACGCAUCAAUCGUAUUUUUCAUGAACGUUUUCCAUUUGAAAUUGUUAAAAUGGAAUUUGAUGAAAAAGAACUUCGUCGUGAAAUUGCAUUCGCUAUUCGAAACAUUCAUGGUAUUCGUGUUGGUUUGUUUACACCUGAUAUGGCUUUCGAAGCUAUUGUCAAAAGACAAAUAUCUCAACUUCGUGAACCAUCAAUUAAAUGUGUUGAUUUGGUUAUUGCCGAAAUGGGUAAUGUUGUUCGACGUUGUACACAGAAAAUGGUUCGUUAUCCAAGAUUACAAGAAGAAACUGAACGAAUCAUAAUGUCACAUGUUCGUGAACGUGAACAAAAAACCAAAGACCAAAUUUUAAUGUUAUGCGAUGUAGAAUUGGCCUAUAUGAACACAAAUCAUGAAGAUUUUAUUGGAUUUUCUAAUGCACAACAAUCGGCCGAUAAUUCACAAAAACGUAAACUUGGUAAUCAGACUGGGGUAAUUCGUAAAGGCUAUAUGAAUAUUCAUAAUUUAGGUAUUAUGAAAGGUGGUUCACGUGAUUAUUGGUUUGUAUUGACCAGUGAAUCAUUAUCAUGGUUUAAAGAUGAAGAAGAAAAAGAUAAAAAAUAUAUGCUUCCACUUGAUGGUCUCAAAAUUAAGGAUAUGGAAUCCGGUUUUAUGUCAAAACGACAUACGUUUGCAUUGUUCAAUCCUGAUCAAAGAAAUGUAUACAAAGAUUAUAAACAAUUAGAAUUGUCUUGUGAAUCACAGGAAGAUGUUGAUUCAUGGAAAGCAUCAUUUCUUCGUGCUGGUGUUUAUCCGGAACGUAGUUGUGAAGCAAGCCAUUCAAACGGUGGUGAAGAUGGUGGUGAUUCAGGUGUAUCUAGUCUUGAUCCACAAUUGGAACGACAAGUUGAAACUAUUCGUAAUUUGGUUGAUUCGUAUAUGAAAAUUGUUACGAAAACAUAUCGGGAUCUUGUUCCUAAGAUCAUUAUGCAUCUCAUGAUAAAUGAAUCAAAAGAUUUCAUUUAUUCAGAACUGUUGGCUCAACUUUAUCAAGCAGGUGACCAGUCAACGAUGAUGGAAGAAUCACCGGAAGAAGAACGUAAACGAGAAGAAAUGUUGCGAAUGUAUCAUGCUUGUAAACAAGCAUUGCAAAUAAUUGGCGAUGUAUCAAUGCAAACUAGUUAUCAACCUGCACCACCACCUAUCAAAGAUGAUUGGUCAUGGCGUAAUAUGGCACCAUCACCAACACCAAUGAGUAAUAAUGUAUCAAAGGCACCACCGCCGUCGUCGACGACAGUAAAUAAUCCAAAUCCAUCGACAAUGAAUCGUCCACCACCACCAAGCUCGAAUCCUAGCCGUGGUGCACCGCCACCACCAGGUCGUCCGGCACCGAAUGUUCCAGGUAGAGGUGUUGCACCACCACCAAUUCGUCCGGGUGGAUUACCUCCUCCAUUGAUACCAACAAGAGUAAGCCCAAGUCCAUUAGUCAAUAAUUUUCUAAAUCAAGUGGCCAAUAAUCAACAAGUACAAAAUCAAAUGAUUAAAUUGGCUACAAAUCCACAGGUACAAAAUCAUUUGGCUAAUGCUGCAUUUUCGGCAUUCGAAAAACCAUCAUUACCGCCACGGCCACGUUAAUAGCACGAUGAUAGUAUUUUUUUUUUGAAAACUGAAAAAAGAAAAAAUCUUCAAAGACAUUCCUGGAUUCUCUGGACAUUCGUUUGUUUGCGCUGGACAUUGAAGAAACAUUAAUUAUUCGUCUAAUAUUAUUCAUCUUAUUUAACCCUUACCACACUCCAGUAAAA